AUGGCAGCUCCACGACCAAACUUCAUUGACCUGCGAUCGCAGUCGCAGGUCUCAAUCCCCCGACCGCUCAAGUCCCCCCGAGUUCACGUCGCCGGCGAGGCGCCCCCAGAGUUAUCUCCACUGGAUGCAUUUGCGCUGCACAGCCGGAUGCUCGCAAAGCAACUAGAACAAAGCGCAAAAGCAGAUAAGAGGAUCAGCAGGUUGCCACCGCUGACCACCGAGAGCCCGCUCGUCGUGCAGGCCAGGUCAGAGUACUUCCGGUCUAUGUCCCAGGAUUCUAAUUCAGACUAUGGCGAUUCACCUGAACAUCCACCUCUGCAACCGCCGGCUGGAUUUGGGAACCAUGCAGAGAUAGAAGAGCACUUGGAUCGACCUAUGUCCAUGCACCCACGCAUGAGCCGCAUCCCGCCGACACCCGAUGAGCCAAUGCCCAUGCCAGCCAACGCCAGCCAGGUGCGCAGCAGAUUACCGGAGACGGUCGAGGAGGAUGAAGGCUUCUUUGGGGCCAGGAGAGAGCGUUCGCCGUCACCAAUGGGCAGCGUCCAUAGUCGAAACAAAACCCCAGAGCCUGUGUCUCCGCUUAGGGAAACCGAACACAAAAAAUCACCGUCUCAGGCAUCCUCGAUGCGCAGCUUUUCUUUCUCCCAAUCCCCUGAGAAGUUAAGGCAAACAGUAUCAAAUGACAUCCACGGUCUCGCACCACCGCGUGCUCUGUUCCCUAAGCGAUCACCAAGCACAAUAUCGGCAUCAUCUGAGGUGGCUGACGAUGAUAGACUCAGCGCAUCCUCUGCUGUCUCGCCAAUGCACUCACAUGCGCUACGCAAAUUUUCAACCAGUAGCGGGGGCCUUAUCUCGCCAUCUGUCGGUUCUUUCCAGAGAUCACCCUCAAUCGCAUCGGAUAUGUCUGCGCCUCUACCCAGGCCGUCUUUCAACUUUUCCAGGCCUCUCAGUAGAGCUGGGACACCGAGUUUUGAUCCGCCAGCCCGUCAGCAGUCAUCCGAUAGUCAUGGAUCGUUCGUCUUUACUGACGACACUGCGCAUACUCCAGUAAGCCUUCACAGCGAAGGUUUCCCGGACUCUACCAGCGAAGGCCCUGGGGCGCCAUCAUAUAUCUACUCAAAAUAUUCACUUCCUAGGGGAAAGAUGCUGCAGAGGUCUACGCCCUUUGAGCCUCAGACGCAAGAAAGUAUGCAUGCUAUCGGACAAGCACCUCCCUCACCACCGACGCGACCAUCAAGUUCCUCGAGUGGCAUGCCUCGGCAGUCAUUAGAACGAAGCAAGCUUAGCGCCGAAGUCCUCCGGCCGACGAUGCAACCCUCCCCGAACUCCAGCCGACCAUCAACGGAUGGUGGCCGAUCGUCAGAAGACGGUCCUCGUGGCCGAACGCUCGCCGUUAAGCAGACUGCAGCCUCGAUAGCAACAAGUGACUCGGCCAGCACGGUCAAGCCGCCAAGGUCGCUCCACUCCCUAGCAUCGGCGGCCGACAUUCCUGCGGAGGAGCACGUGACGAAGGCCAUAGAGCUGCAUCAGGAAGGCAAGCUCAACGAGUCGACGUACCACCUCAGACAUGCAGCGCGCCAAGGGCAUCCGACGGGGAUGUUGCUGUUCGCUCUGGCAUGCAGGCAUGGCUGGGGAAUGCGAGCGAAUCCCAAGGAAGGUGUCGAGUGGCUUCGCAAGGCGGCCGAGUGCGCCGGAUUGGAGGUGGCUGACGACGAGGGCCAGGUUCAGGAAGGGAAGAGGGUCGACUUCCUAGAGAACAAGACCAGAAAGGCACAGUUCGCUCUCAGCAUAUACGAACUGGGCGUCAGCCACAUGAAUGGCUGGGGCAUUGACCAAGAUAAGGCACUCGCGCUGAGGUGUUUUGAGAUUGCUGGCACAUGGGGAGAUGUCGACGCACUCGCCGAAGCAGGAUUCUGCUAUGCACAAGGAAUUGGGUGCAAAAAGAACCUAAAAAAGAGUGCAAAGUUCUACCGCAUGGCCGAGGCAAAGGGCAUGAACAUGGUCGGCAACAGCUGGAUCCACAAGUCAAAGUACGACGACGACGACAGCACGGAAGCGACUUCGCCAAAAUCAACAAAAUCAGAAAAGAAGGCCCGGUCAAAGUCCAGGACACGCACGGGGCUUUUUGGCAAGAGAAAUAAGCCUCAGCCGGCGGAAUAA